AUGGUGCUGCUGAAGCUGCAGUUCCCUCUGCAGAGGCGUGUGCGUCUGGCCCAGGGUCUGUGGCUGCUGUCCUGGCUGGCCGUGCUGGCUGGGGCCUUCACCUUCUCCCUGGGAGUGUACCUCAAGACCGAGCUGCUCCGCAGGGCAGAGGUGAUGGAUAACACAGAGAUCCACGUGGUGCCCAACAUCUUGAUGCUGGUGGGCUUGGUAACCAUGGGGAUCAACCUGUUUGCUGGGCGGGUGUGUCAGGACUCCCUGGACUCUGCCCGGUUCCCCCCCUGGAAGCCCUUCCUGCUGCCCUGGUAUGGCCUGGCCUGGAUGGUGUGUGUCUGGUUGCUGUCUGCUGUGGUGCUCAGCUAUGCCCUGCAGGGACACCUCGAGGAGUCACUCAAGGUGGGCCUGAGGAACGGUAUCCGGUUCUACCGGGACACGGACGUCCCGGGCCGCUGCUUCCAGAAGGAGACCAUCGACAGGCUGCAAAUGGAACUGCGUUGCUGCGGCAACACCAACUACAGGGACUGGUUCGAGGUGCAGUGGAUCAGCAACAGAUACCUGGACUUCACCUCUAAAGAAGUCAAAGAUCGUGUGCGUAGCAACGUGGACGGUCGUUACCUGAUGGAUGGAGUCCCCUUCAGCUGCUGUAACCCCGGCUCCCCUCGGCCCUGCCUCCAGAACCACCUGACUGACAACGCUGCUCACUACAACUAUGAGCACCAGAGUGAGGAGCUGAACCUGUACAACCGCGGCUGCAGACAGGCGCUGGUCGACUAUUACAUGGGCCUCAUGAACACCAUCGGCCCUGGGAUUCUGUCGGUCAUCUCCCUGCAGAUAUCAGUGUUGGUGAGCCUGCGGUACCUGCACACGUCUCUGGAGGGUGUGGACCCGGAGAACCCCGAAGCUGAUAGCGAGGGCUACAUCCUGGCGAAGGGGGUUAAGGAGACCCUGAUGGAUGUCAAGACCACUGUGUUCAAACUGCUGCAGUUCGGACAGGUGGAAGCAGGUGACGAGGCAGAAGCUGGGGCGGACGGCGAGAAGGCAGCCACGUCCAGCUAG